AUGCAGAAUGGAGAUCAUAUGGAGGACGACUGCGCGGGCGCAGGCGGGCGGCCGAGCGGAUACGUCCCGAGCGGAGCGACUGGUACCACCGCGGUCAGGGAGCAGCUGUCUUCUGUGAAGAAGGAGUUGGACUUCAUCUUGCAGCAGCUACGCGGGCCAGGUGGGCAGGUUCAGAGAAUAGAUCUCCAGGAAGUUGAGCGCCUGGUGAAGCACCUUGAGGUCGAUCGAGGUGAGCUUGCCAAGCGCUGCCAGCGACUGGCGGAGGAGAACCAGGACCUGAAGGAGGCGAAUCGUCACUUGGAGGUGGAUCUGUCGGCAGCUCGGCGUGAGCUGGAAAAUUCCAGGAGGCAACUGCGGCAUCAGCAGAUCGACCUUCAGUUAAAAGCAGGCGCUUCUGAGCAGCAAGAGGCAGAGGAUGAACAGCCCUCCGCAGAGGAACGCCUCACACAGGAGUCCCUGGAGGCGCUCCAAGCUGCCAUGGCUUCCCCUGGAUCCUCCAGGCAGAUGUCCAGAAGCGAGCUCACCCGAGCGCUUCGGGCAACCCAGGAAGAGCUUGCCAUACAAAGAGCUCGGAACCAGAAGCUGGAGCAGCGCCGGAUACGUGACAGUCAGCGCUGUGAGAUGCUUGCGGAUGCAGCCGAGCGGCAGAGACUGGAGAUCACAGCGAUGCGGCUCGGUAAGCAGCGGAAGCUCGCCGCCCAUCCGCAGACGGUCCACAAGCCCAAGAUGCUCCAUAACCUGGCGCAUACCAUGCCGGUCAGCCGCGAGGUCAGGCCAUGGGCCGGAG